CCCGUUGAACAUUGUAUCUGGCUUAACGUGCCCUGAUGGCACUGGCACGAGAGAAGAUGAAGAUCGCCUCAUCAUUGCCCUGUCUGAAGAUCCGUCUGUGGUAGAGCUGUAUGCUACCUGCCCUGCGGUAAAGACCUGCUACAAUGCCCUAGACAAUUCAACAGGAAUAGCACUCUUUCAGAAGAAUAUCAAGAAACUUUGCGCAGGACAGAAGGUGUUUAUAGAAUGCAUGGAAGAGUCGUACUGUCAGUGCGGCUUGUACGAUACACAGAAUGCUACCACGUUUCUGACUCGGCAGCGAGAUAACCACAAGGCGGCAUGUUUCACGGAUUCAGUUCUACGGGCUGAUUUCAAAUGCGCAUACGGGUCAAUCGGCUUCAAGUGCACGGACAGCACGGACUGUCAGGUGAUUGGGAAGUCGGUGUGUGACUCCAGCGGUAUGUGCGCAUGUCAGGAAGGGUACAUUUACAACUCCGAGGCCAAUGCCAUGGCAUGCACCAAAGAUUUACGAGGAACCAUCGGGUACUCAUGCACCACCAACACAGACUGUCAGUUGAUACAACAUUCUGAAUGCGGUAUCGGUGGCGUGUGUGCGUGCCAGAGGAACUUUCUGUACACAGAAACAGAUUCUACAUGCAAGGAAGUGUCAAGUGCCGUGACUGUGAAAUCAACAACUAGUGUUUUGCUGGGACUGAUCGUUUUGUCAUUUGGAUAUCUAUUGUAAAUCGGAGAUAGUUAAAAUAUAUCAUGUAAAUAUACCAUGUGUACAGAUUCCUAUCACAAGCCCCAUGCACUCUUGGCUGUUUGUCUGCUCUAUCAGCUGUGAUCUGUGAAGUGAAGGCGCCUGUAGUAAGAAGCAAGUAUCACCGCAUAUCCUGGCACAGCCAAGGGAAAUAACGCUGUAAGGGACAACACGGGCCUACGACAUGUUAACAGAAGAAUGCCAACUGAAACUUGUAACCUGCACAAGGACAUGCCAUACACCUUAUCACAUGAUCAAUUGGCGCUACAUGGCUGAACAAUUCCGAUACAAGGUUACUCACUCAAUCCCAUGAUCGACGAUUCUGCAUUGCUAUGUUGGACUUUGUGUGUGAGUUAUCAGCGCUAUGGCCUAAUGGGUACUUAUGUCGGAGUGCUCGUUACACUUGCUAGUUUCCAUGGUAGACAAAUGUCCCAUAAACACAUCGUUGUCUGUAUAUUUCGUAUUUUCAUGAUGCCGUGUCAACAAUUCAUUGCUAUAUAUUUUCUUUAUCUAGCAUGUUACUUGUUAUAUA